GCGGCUCUCGGGGCCGGAGGUGCUUCAGGCAGUAAGAGACGUGUUGACUCCUUUUUCAUCCAGCCUCGGAGGAGAAGUCCUCGUUUCCUUCCCCGCGGGGUGAAGUCAGAGAGGUGGUCAGCUUAAAAGCACAGUGAGGAGCUUCAAGAGCUGGCUGGCAAAGGUUACCUACAUGCAGGAAUGCAAGGGCCAUCACUCCUUCCAGGACUCUGUUUUCUGCUGAGUUUGUCAGAAGUCAUGGCUCGGGUGACCAAAGCUACCUGUCCACAGUGCCCCCAACACGCUUUCUGUGUCCACGGCACUUACUGUACCUGCGACUCUGGAUACGCUUCUGACUCUGGGAAGAAAUUCUUCACAUUCCCCCUUGAGACAUGCAAUGACAUUGAUGAAUGUAAACCACCCAUUAGCAUAUAUUGUGGACUUCACGCUGCAUGCCAGAAUGUCGAAGGAAGUUUCCACUGCCACUGUAAUCCUGGGUACAAACUCCUCUCUGGGGACACACAAUUCAAGAAUUCCAAUGAGAACACUUGUCAAAAAACCACUUCCUCAAAGACGACCAGAGACACGGAAGAGCUGCAACGUGUUGUUGAGAAAUUCGAGUCACUUCUCACUAAUGACACUCCAUGGGCAAUGGGAGAGAAGAGAGAAGUCGCAUCUUGGGCCACAACUCUUCUCCAGACUGUAGAAUCGAGCGUUCUAGAAACUGCCUUGAAAUCCCCAGAGCAAAAAAUCCAGAAAAUUCACAACAGUACUGUGGCUAUUGAAACUCUAGUUGUUACAGACAAUUGCUCUGAAGAAGGAAAGGUCUUCAGCUUGAACGCCUACAUGAACUCAGUGGACAUCCGUUGCAAUGACAUCGUGCAGGACAACGUGAAAGGUCCCACCGCAAUUGCCUUUAUUUCAUACUCUUCUCUUGGAAACAUCAUAAACGCAACGUUCUUUGAAGAGGCAAAUGGCAAAGACCGAGUUUACCUGAACUCUCAGGUAGUGAGUGCCGCUAUUGGACCCGAAAGGAAUACAUCUCUCCCCAAGUCUGUGAUUCUGAGUUUUCAGCACGUGAAGAUGAAGCCCAGCAGUGAAAAGGCCAUCUGCGUCUACUGGAAAAGCACGAACGAGGGCGGCCAGUGGUCCAGCGACGGCUGUUUCCUGAUACAAGCGAACAAAAGUCACACCAUAUGCAACUCCACCCACCUGUCCAGUUUUGCUGUCCUCGUGGCCCUAACCAACCAGGAGGAGGAUCCCGUGCUGGCUGUCAUCACCUACGUGGGGCUGGGCCUCUCUCUGCUGUGCCUCCUCCUGGCAGCCCUCACCUUCCUCCUGUGCAAAGCCAUCCAGAACACCAGCACCUCGCUCCACCUGCAGCUCUCGAUCUGCCUCUUCCUGGCCCACCUGCUCUUCCUCACGGCCAUCGACCAGACCAAGAUCAAGCUGCUGUGCGCCAUCAUCGCAGGGGCCUUACACUAUCUCUACCUGGCCUCCUUCACCUGGAUGCUGUUGGACGGUCUACACCUCUUCCUCACGGCACGCAACCUGACGGUGGUCAACUACUCCAGUGUGAGCAGGUUCAUGAAGUGGCUCAUGUUCCCUGUGGGCUAUGGAGUCCCGGCUCUAAUCGUGGCCAUUUCUGCUGCAUCCAGACCUUCCCUUUAUGGAACACCCACCAGAUGCUGGCUCCACACAGACAAAGGAUUUGUAUGGACCUUCCUGGGCCCCGUCUGCACCAUCUUCUCCAUUAAUCUGGCCUUCUUUCUGGUGACCUUCUGGAUAGUGAAAAACAAGCUCUCCUCCCUCAACAGAGAUGUGUCCACCCUCCAAAACACCAGGAUGCUGACAUUCAAAGCGACGGCUCAGCUCCUCAUCCUGGGCUGCACGUGGUGUCUGGGCGUCCUGCAGGUGGGGCCAGCUGCCCGCGUCAUGGCUUACCUCUUCACCAUCAUCAACAGCCUGCAGGGAGCGUUCAUCUUCCUGGUGUACUGCCUCCUCAGCCAGCAGGUCCGAAAAUGGUUCAGAGAGAUCAUGAAAUCUAAACCUGAGUCUGAGACUUACACACUUUCCACCAGGUUUGGCGCAAACUCAAGACCCAGUGAGGGGGGGGUGUUUUCCCAGAGCAACUGAAGAGAAAAUAUUCGAACUAGAACAUUCGACCCCACAUGGAAAGUCACAGCCACGGAUUUGGUUGGCAUCGUGAAGAACAGAGCUGGAGACCAGGGGGACCAUUACCUUUGACCUCCUUGGAGAGGAAAUGUUCAGCCUUUACUUCCUGAAGUGUUUGUUCUGCAUAACGGGCCCCCAGUAAAUGGGUGUUGCAUUGGGUUUCUCUUCGCUGUCGUGGGCUCAGCCAGUGCUUGUCACUGGGGACCCCAAUCAUGACCAUUGCAAAUAGUCCCUGGACAUUUUGUAAACAAAGAAGGCCCCUUUAAAGGCCUUUCCUCAAAUUCUUACAC